AGAAACGGCUAUUAAUAUGGGCUACAACCAAGGUCGACAAAACGGCCACUGCUGGCGCAUCGUGGCCCUUUCUGCCCUCGCGCAUAGAUAUCUUCGCACUGAUACUUGAGAUGUACGUCAAAAAUACAUUUACAUUAUCAUUCUCUUCCUUUCUCGCCUGCCACUAGGGUCCGAGUGUCUGUCUGUCUGUAUUAUCUGCCUAUCUGCUUUGCUUACAGUGGGAUGCGAAGGACGAAAGUGACGACAAGAAGAGCAGAACAGCGACCAACUCUCUGAGUAUGAUGCAGACCACGAUCCCUCCUCCUCGACUGGAGCCGUUACUGGCUCCAUUACUGUCCUCUCUGCCCGCCGCCUCCAUCUCUCCACAACCUCCAACAGCGCUUCUUCCUCUCCUCUCCCCGAUCCUCCGGCAGCGCGUGCAGCUCCUCUCCGCGACCGAUUCCGAACCCUGGCUUCCCCUGCUCUGCUACGAUAGCAGCAAAGCGUCCAAACUAGAGACGGUCGCCAAGAGCGAGAGAUUGGAACCGCAUCCCGUGUCCGGAGAGGUGGAGAUCGAUUGGGAAUUCGAGGCGGGCAUCAGAUAUAAGCGUCUGGAUGAGGAGACGUUGCAAGCAUUAGUGACCAUACCAGACCUAGGAUUGCGCAUCCGCCUCGUCUGGUGCGUGAAUGACGAAGUAGGAGGCGGCGACGGGUGGAGGAUUGGAGAAGUAAGCGUGCUCGAGGACAACACCACCGAUGAUGAUGCUUCAUGGGGAGAAGUCAGCAUCUUGAUCGCCGAAUCUACAUUCCAGAAAUCCACAACAACUACGACUACAAUAUCCACGACCACCACUCAUCCCAACAUCUCACAUACAUCCUAUCAUGAGAAUCACGACGACGCCGCUAAUGAUGACGACGACGACGAUGAUGAUGAUUACUGGGCCCAAUACGACAAGACCCCAGGAGGCCACACACCGGCGCCCAAACGCUCCCCCGCGCCCCCUGGAGCGGGCCACCCCGCCAACGACGACGAUGAAGCUUCCUACUACGCACAAUACGCCAGUGUGCAGCCCGCGCUAGACAACCACGAUCCCGACGAAGCGCGGCAGAACGGGGACGUGGAAAGCUCGCUCGGGCACGACGAGAUAUCGCGGGAGCUGCGCACUGCGCUCUCGUCUGCUCACAUAUUAAAAAGAAGAGAAGAAGAGGAGGAAGGAGGGGGAGGGGGAGGAGGAGGGGGGGGAGCGGGAUUGGCACAGCCGAGACCAGGAUCGAGCACGGGUAGUAGUGGGAGUGACACGGUAGCCAGACUAGAAAUCAAAGCAGCGCAGAGCGCGGCUCGGGUGCAGAGCGAACUCGGCAUUAAACAACAUAUCUCGAGUAGUCUGAAGAGUCUAUAUAAGCUGGCGAAGGUGGUGGGCAUUGAGAGGGGCGAGUUUGAGAGUCUGGUUAGGACAGAGUUGGACUGUUUGGCGUUGUUGGAUGAGGAUGAAUGAGUUGGUUUGGGUUGAGUUGGUUUGAGUUGGUAUUAUAUAGUGUGCUUUUUUGGCACAGCUAUAUAUAUGUAUGUAUGUAUGUAUGUAUGUAUGUGUCUUGUUUGUUUGUUUGUUACUUUGCGAGCGGGCGGACGGGAGUUGCAUUACCUAGGUGUCUUGCGUUAAAUAUAGAAAGAAGAUCGAUAGAUAUCUAGAUAUAGUAGUGUAGUGUAGUGUAGUGUCUCGAAAACCCUCGAUUGAUACCUAGAUACGUU